AUGUCAAAAUCAACGCGUACUUCUCACAAGCAACUAAUGAAAGCACUAACAAUUCAAGCAAUAGUUCCAAUAUUUUGGUUGACGGCUUCCUCAUUAUAUCUUCUUCUUCUGUUUCAACUUGUUGAUGGAGCCAUUUUUGAAAACGUGCCAUUCCGAAUAAUGGAAUGCAUGCCAAUGCUUACCCCUCUCAUUUCAUUAUAUUUUGUGAGGCCCUAUAGAUCUGUGAUAAGUGGAUGGAUAUUGCCCGAUCCAUUCAUAAAACCUGUGAUAUUGAGUGCAAUGCUGAGCACUUUGAACGGGCUCCCAGUAGUGCUGUAG